AUAAACACUAUAAUUAAUUAUUUUUGUUUUAUACGAAGACUUGGUUUUUGGUAUUUUUGUUUUUCUGGAUUUGCCUUGCUUCGUCUUCCUGCAAUAACCGUAUGUGUGUGUUUGUUUAUUUUUGUUCCCCUCCCCCCACCCACCCACUUUCAUUCACUUUUUUUUCUGCUUAAGGACUACGUUUAAAAAUUGCAAUUAAAGGCCGAAAAAUAAUUAACAAUUAUAUAAAUAUAUAUAUCUUUUAAUUUAUUACUUUAUUUCGUUACUGUAUCAAUGGUGGUGGUGGGGGGGGGAUAUGAGGAAGACGUUGCGUGUGAGAGGAGUGUAGCGUGUUUAAUUCAAAUGAAAGAAGACGCAAACAAAUUUUUUUUUAUAUAUCCAGUGGAGUUGUGAGGAAGAAAGAUAGAGACAGGCAAGAAGAGAUUGUAACUGCUAGUGUUUAUUGUGUGUGAGUAUAUAUAGAUAGAGAGAGACAGACAGACAGAAAACACUUAGUGUUUAUUGUUAUAUUAUUGCUAUUAUAAUAUAGCGAGAGAAGCGUAUGAGAUUAGUGUUUCAUAUAUAUGUAUGUAUAUAUGAAAUAUCGAUACACGGAUGUGUGUAUGUCUAUAUGCAUCUUGGAGCGGCACGUGUAAAUUCGAUAGAUAGAUAAUGUGUGAGUGGUGCGCCUGUUUUGCAACAGAAACGACAGUUGCAGCCACGUCUUGGUGAAGUUUGUCGGGGAAAUUAAGAAGUAGAAGCGAAAGAGAGGAACUAGAAGGGGAAGAAGAAGGAAGGAGAAGCAGAAUUAGAAGGUUGAAGGAUAGGAAGAACGAAGAAGAAGCCCCAAAAAAUCUGUAUUACACAGUUGCAGCAGCAGAAAGAGGAGAAUUUGGCAAAAUCCGAGCGACGAUAUGGGACCAUAUUAUCAAUAUAUUAUUACCUGAGAGAAGUUAGAAAAUGUCUGUCUUGGCUGACAGCAACGAUGUAGUUGGCAAUUCUGCAGCCCCUACUACUACUCCGUCCACACCUGAUAAAGAUGAAGGAAUAUGUAUGAUUUCAGCAUCUCCCAGCAGCCCAGAGGAAGUGAAACAAGCAGUUCCCUGCUCAGUUUCCGUCGUUGGGUCAAUGUCACAGAAUGAGCAUCUCAUUGCUAAGCCUUGUUCAAGUCCUGUUGCAGGCAUGAAAAAGUAUCCAGGCAGGGAAAUGUUGCUUCACGUCCCAACUGUCAGUAAAUCUAAAGUGGCAAAAUUUCAUAAACUCUUCAAAUCUGUGCCUCGGUCGGAAUCUCUAAUUGAUCAUUAUUCCUGUGCAUACCAAGGAGAUAUUCUCCUGCAGGGACACCUGUACAUAUCCCUUGGUUGGUUUUGUUUCUAUUCCAAGAUCAGAGGCCGUGGCAGGCAUAUUGAAAUCCCUCUUGACAAUGUUCUUAGUGUGACCAAAGAGAAAACAGCAUUCAUCAUUCCAAAUGCAAUCGGAGUACAAACCACAACAGAGAAGUAUGUUUUUGGCUCAUUUGUAUCCCGUGACGCUGCCUACAACUUAAUGCAAGAUCUCUUUGACCGUUAUCAGGAACUGUCUGGAGAUUCUUUUGCUGAGGAAUCUGGGAUUUCAGCAAAGUUUAAUGAAUCUGGAGUAGCAGCUUUGGCAAAGUCAACUCUGUCGAUGCCACUGAGUAAAAACAACCUUUCUGGCGCCAUCAUUCAUCCGUUGAUACCCAAGAGGAAAAGCCAUUCGGAAUCUAGUGUAUUUUGUUCGGAUUACAGUGGUGUCGCCGAAACAACGGAUUCUGAAGAUAACAAACUUUGCCAACCUGGAAAAACGAAAACCUACAAGCGAACUCCAGUGAAGGCAGCAAUACCUUGUGUGAAAACCCAGUUUACAAGUUCGACACCCAAUAAACCUCAAGUAUCGCAGAAACCCUCAUCUGUUGGGUCCAGCCAUUCCAAAAAGCCUGUUACUGUCCAUAAUAGCUGGUUCAUCAUGCCUUAUUUGUCACAGUGUUUCAACUGUCAACAGACAUAUGAAUCUAUAUGCCAGUUAGCCCUCAAGUUACUACGGUUACCGAAGGCCCACAUGGUACUAGCAAUAUGUGCAGCUAUUAUGAUAUUCCUGCUGGUAUCUGCCGUCACCCUUACGUAUAAGGUGCUGUUAAUCCAGGCCAAACUUGAUACUCUGCAGGUUUGGUCACCUGCCUUAAAAAACUUGUAUAGAGAUAAAAUACAUUCAGACAUUUACAUGAUGCGAGCCCAGAGUCAUAGUGCAUUGGUCCAACAACUACACCUCGUUUUAGAGGCUAAUAUACAUGUAUUGGAAGAACUCAGUGUGUCACUCAACAGCCUUAAAGCCUCCAGUCUUGCCUGCAACAACGGCAGGGAAAGCUCACCUUCAGGAGUAACAGAGAGCAGCAGUAGUAGUAGCAGCAGCACCAUCAACCGUUACCAGACUGUCAGCCGUUAACUCCAGAACAUGAACACACACAUACACACACACACACACCACACGUACACAGAUUUGGCUCUAAGCAGGCCGACUGUACUCUUAUAAGAGUGCUUGUUGCUCGUUGAAAACACUUUGCUGGGUGGGGCGAAUAUAUAAUUUUUUUUUUUACACCCAUCACAUUGAGAGUUACCUCCCUGUAACUCCAUUUUCUCUAUUUCUUCAAUUGUUCUUAACGUCCAAAAUCACAAUUUUAAACGUUAUUAUAAUUAAUUAAUUAAUAAUAACUAACCCGAACCCUCUGUCCUCUCCCCCAACACACACACACUUUUUUAUUUCCUUCUUCAUUUCUCCCCCCACUCUCUCUGUCUGUCUCUCUCUCUCUCUCUCUCUCUCUCUUCAAUUAUUUCACAGUGAUAACUCCAAUGAUUAUUUAAAAUAUGAGAACCAAGAAACAAGAUUCACAAUUGUAAAUUUUUCCUGUGUGGCCAUCUUCCACCUCUCCCUCCCUCCCUCCUUCCAUAUUUUAGCCACAAGAUGUCCACGUACGAGAGAAUCUAUUUAUUGAGAACCUCUCAAAGCUUCAUUUAAUUUUAAAAAUUUUUUUUUUUUUUUUAAUGUUUCAUUUGUCUUAAAUCUAAAUUAUUUUUUACAUACGACUAGUUGUCUCCCUCCCGCCCUCACACACACACACACACACACACACAGAAAGAAAUUCCUGAAACUCAGAAAUAUUUGCAGAUGUCUUUAUUUAUUUAUUAUACUGUCUGAUGCUUCUGCAAUUUACCAUCGCCCCUAUAUAUUUUAUUGUUUUUAUUGGUUUUCUUUUAAACUUUAUUAUCAUCUCAGUAACUUAAUAUGUAUUAAUUUACUGAUGUUCACAAAACUUUUUAAUUCCUUGUUUUCCAACAUCACAGAAUAAGUUGAAGCAAAUAAUUGUUUAUCUCCCUUGUUGUUGGGGUUCUCUAGAUUUUCUUUUUUUCUCCCUAAUUUCUCAGACACACACACAUAAAUUCGUUAUUGGCGAUGAAAAGAGUAUUUAUUCAGAAUAGUAAUAUGUAUAUCUUACUUAACAUAGAUAUACUGUAAGAAAUCCGCAAUGCUAUGGUAUUCAUCUUGAAAGGGCAUCUUAGCAUCACUGUUUUAGCUUUCUUACAGUAUAUCUACAUUAAGUAUGGUAUACAAAUGAACACACACACACACACACAGAGUCAAACACUAAACAUUAUGUCAUCCCUCUACGUCUAUUUCUCUGAUUUAUUUCACCAAACGAUUUUGUUGCCUUGUGCAGUACAGUUUCAGUGUUUGAAGUUGAUGUUUUGUGUUUUUUUCCUCAUUCUUCUCUUCCUUUCCCCUUUCUCUUCCUCUCCCUCCCAAUAAUCUUCAACUCAUCAUUAUAACUCCUUAAAUGAGAAACCUUGGAGUUUCUGUUUUUUUUUGUUUUUUUGUUUUUUUAAGUUUUUAUUUUAUAACCGGCUUUUAUUCAAGUAUUUUCUACAUUUAAAUUAAAUAUAUACUUGGAUUCACAUCAGUUAUAGACACAUACAUAUACAUGGCAGGGUCGUAUAUAUGUAACACUAAAUUUCAAAAAAAAUAGAUCAAUUGGAGUUAUCCAAGCAAUUAGUAGACAAAACCUCCCCUUUGGGUUACUUAAUUUAACAAAAAAAAACGAUAAGGGAGAUAUCAAUGAUUUGUUGAGAGAGUGCAAAUGUGUUUAACAGGGAAAGUAAUUCUUUAUUCACUAGUGUGUGUGUGUGAAAUUGUGUGAGCAUUGUGUUGUAAGUUCUGUGAAUUGCCAAAGACACUAUUGAAUUCUAUAAACUCUCUCAGUGACAGGCCUCACAUCUAGACUGGCUUUUUGCUAUAUGCACACCUGUGUGUAUACGUAUAAGAGCAGGCUAGGUACUAAAAUGAAACUCAGAACAAACUGUCAUUACAUAUGACUUUCAGUACAUUAUUCCCACCACUCACUGAGAGAAUGUUCUGGUUUAGGUCCACCAGGCAUACAGAUAUGUGAUAAUACCUUUGACCCUUCCUGUUUCUUCUCUUGGACCAAUUUCCACUGAAUUUUAUUUCAUCUACAGUAAUUUCACAUGUUCUUCUAAGAAUGCCAGAUUUUUUUACUUUCAACAGAUAUAAUAAUUUGAAAGUUUAACAUUAAAUUUGUCCUGUGAUAACUUUCACUGAACAACAUCUGACUUAGCUGAGAAUAGUGACAUUGGUAUGUACCCUGUCAUUGAUCUGGUUUAUGGUGACCCCAUGGGAGGAGGGUUUGGCUAACUUUAAUGCCUAACUAUUGGUUAAAAACCUAUUGAUGUGGAGAGGGUUGUGUGUGUGUAUGUAUGUACACACACACAUAUAUAUAUAUAUAUCCUGCCACUGCCCUCAGUUGGCUUCUUUACAAUAAAGUUGGUCCCGUGAGAAGGAGAGGUGAGUCACUUUGAUAUUAAACCAUCUCUAUACUGAGUCCAGUCUUCAUAUUCUGUGUAUGAAGUUUUCUAGCUUUCAUAGUCGUAACUUAAUAUUUGCAAAGGAAAUAACUUAAUUAUAUAACUAUCUCUGUACCACUACCAAUCUAUGUUUAUGUUCUAUCUGAAUAUCUUUCAAUUUAUAGUAGAAAGAUCAGGGACAAAUACCACAAGACCUCUCAUCUAACACUCUAACAAAGCCACCGUUCCACUGCCCUAGACUGGUUCUAAAAGGGGUGAAAGGCAAAGUUGACCUCAAAACUUCAGAGAGCCAGAACAGAUAUCAAAAGGUAUACAAUCCACCACUCUGAUGACUAGGCCACUCAUGGUGCCUGUUUGUGUGCGUGCGUGUGUGUGUUUAUGCCUAAAAGAGUAUAAAAAUCUAUGUGUAUAUAUGUGUGUAUGUAAAAUACCAGAUUAAUGUUUCAAAUCUUGUUAGCCUAGUUGAUUUUUCUUUACACUGUGAUUAUCUUUAAACUCGUUUGUCCAGUUCUGUUGGACAAAAUAAUUCUUUAUCACUAGUUUUAAGCUUAUUUCUCCAGUUCUGCCAUUAUUUAGACAUCCUGACGGGGGGAAAUGCUUCUCUCCAGAAUCCCUCCCACGGCUUGUGAUGAGUAAUGAAACCAAUCGCUAUGCAAAUAACUGGUAGCUACCAGACUGUCUGAUACAGUUAUAUUGAGAUGAAGAUAGGGAGAGAGGCUCAUUGACACCCCAAUUAGUCUUAGGACUCACUUGAGCAAGUCUGUACAAUUAUCAAAAAAUGAAUGCCUUAAAUAGAAAAAAAAAAAAAUGGGUUAGCUAUGAAAAUUACAUAUUGGGAUGGUAUUUGGUGCAGAGUUGAGCCCAGAAAAAUUUAUAAAUUAGUAUUUAUGUAUUUCAUUGGAGCAAAAAUAUGCCUGAAUUUAAUUCUGAAGUUUGGGGGAAAAUCUGAGGAAAUUUGUUAAACAAACAAUAACUUGGUGUAUUUUAAAUGGAAAGUGAAUAUUGAAUUUUAAAUUCUGGUUUUAAACUUAGAAUCAGUUUGGUCUUUUAUCUGAGUUGUCUGAUUCUUGAAAAGUUUUCAGAAAAUAUGGAAUAUUUCUUGCAAUAUAUAUACAUGAAAACAAUAUUCAUAAAUGGAUUUGGGGAAAUAAUCUUCAAUUUUAGAUUUUAAUUUUCAAUCGUACAUUUUUAAUUGAUUUUAAUAUUAAAAUAUAUUUUGGGGGUAACAAACUAAAGAUUUUAAGCUAAAUAAAAUAGUUUUUUCUACAUACUCUAAUUUAUCUUACAUGGUCAGGUAUAAGAUUUCCACAAAUAUAAUUUUAUUCCCAUACCUCCAGCAAGAAAUGUAAAAUAUAAACAGGUUGUUUCCACCCACCCACCUCUCUCUCACUCAUAGAAUUUACUGAACUAUCUACUUCGCUCAUGUGAAGGCUAUGGCUCUGCAGUGACUCUCACAUUUCAUGAAGGGAAGCUGAUCUGUGGCUCAUUACAUUUCUUAUAAAAUACCAUGAUAUUAAAUAGCCAGCAAAUGAUGCAUUGGUGUCAUCUAACACACUAGAAAUAGCAGCCAAUACUCCUCAAAUUACUGUACCACUUUUGGGAAAGGGACAACUUUCACUGAUGAGGUUUCAGAUAUGCAAUAUCCAGUGAUAGAAGAAGGGAAGUGAUGCUGGAACAUCUUUGGUCAUAGAUCCACUCAGUCAGGUCUGACCUGGGACUAA